UAACGCAAGAAGGAUGGACAAACUGACAGAGGACGUGAAACAGCUGAUCUACACGAAGAAGGGAAUUGAGGAGCAGCUUCAACUGAUCGAUCACCUGCGGCAGCUUGGGGUGGCGUAUCACUUUAAGGAGGAUAUUAAGGAUGCUUUAGGGACUAUAUACGGUUCCGUGGAAAAGGUGAACAUGUUGCUGAAGGAUAAUCUUCAUGCCACGGCUCUUAUGUUCAGGCUUCUCAGAGAACAUGGGUUUGCUGUUUCUGAAGGUGUCUUCAACCGAUUUAUAGAUGAGAAGGGCAACUUGAAAGCCAGCCUUCGCCACCAGACCGAAGGAUUGGUGAGCUUGUACGAGGCUUCCCAUCUUGCACAGGAAGGAGAGCACGUGCUGGAAGAAGCUAUAAACUUUACGACUAAACAGCUCAAGAGCCUCAUGGAGGGAUCACUUGAGCCUCAUCUCAGGGAGCACGUAGCCCAUGCCUUGGAGCUUCCAUUGAACUGGAGGAUGCCGAGGUUACAGACCAGGUGGUUCAUAGAAGCAUCCCAAAGGGAAGCGAAGAUGAACCCUGUCCUGCUUGAAUUGGCUAAGUUGGACUUCAACAGGGUUCAGAUCAUAUAUCAGAGGGAACUCAGAGAAGUGUCGAGAUGGUGGAGCAAUCUUGGCCUGGCGCAGAGGCUUCCAUUUUCCAGGGACAGGUUGAUGGAGAACUAUUUCUGGACGGUUGGCUGGGCUUUUGAGCCACAGUUUGCAAGAUUCAGGGAGGCGCAGACAAAAGGGAACUGCCUGAUAACAACAAUAGAUGAUGUGUAUGAUGUUUACGGCACCAUCGAUGAGCUCGAGCUUUUCACGGAUGCCGUCGAAAGAUGGGAUGUUAAUACAAUGGACAAAUUGCCAGAGUACAUGAAGAUAUGUUUUCUAGCCCUCUUCAACACUACAAAUGACACCGCGUACAAUGUUAUGAAAGAGAAGGGUCUGGAUAUAAUUCCACACCUAAAAAAAGCAUGGGCAGAUCUAUGCAAGGCAUACAUGGUAGAAGCAAGGUGGUACCACCAAGGCUACACACCCAAUCUUGAAGAGUACUUGGAGAACGCACUAGUAUCGAUAUCGGGUCUCCUGAUAUUGACUCUUGCUUAUUGCACCAGUGACGAUGUAAGUCAAGAGACCUUGGAAGACUUCCACAGCUGUCCUGAGAUUGCAAGACGGUCAUCCAUGAUCCUUCGACUUUGUGAUGAUUUGGGUACUUCCAAGGUAUUUGAAAUGCACCAUAAUUAUCAUUCGUUCAUGGAAUCAUGGGGGAAUUGGAGAGCAAUAAACGGAGAUCGAAGUUUCACUUCUCGUUUCGAGGAAAACCUAAAAAUGAUAGCCAUCAAUAUUCCUCGAAUGGCCCAUUGCAUGUACCAAUAUGGAGAUGGAUAUGGCAAACCCGAUGGAGUGAUCGAGGAUCGCAUCGGGUCUUUGUUGAUUGAACCUAUACUUCUGUAACAAUGUAAUUAAGGAUAAUAUCGUGAAGCUAUAAUUCUCCUCGUGAUUUG